AUGCCUUGGAUUCAGUCUCACGACUUCUUCAACAUAAACUCCACUCCAACCCGUUCAGGUCACCACCCGGUUGAUUUGAACUUCAGCAUCACGGACUCGUCCAACAGCUCCAGUUCCUUCACUACCGCCAACAUUUCAGGCACAGACUUCCCAGUCUUCACCACGGAUUCCCAGUCAACAUGGCCUCCUCAACCAGCUUCCAGCCUGCCGGCACAACCCGAGCACCAGCCGCAACCCAACAACCAGGACUUUGUCUUGUUCGACAGCCCUCAGCCGCCUGCGCAACCGCCCCCUAAUCGAUCUACGUCCAACUCGCUGUCUAGCCAGCGACGUCACUCGUCCCACAACAACCGCGUCCCCUACCAGUCCCCAGCAAUCCAGAACCAACGAGUGGCCCAGAUCAUCCAGGCUACAGGUCAUCAACAACAGCAACAGAAUCAACAGCAACAGUCUCCUUCCCCCGUCAACGCACGUCCUUCCGGUCACAACUUUUACGCCUCGUCGGCUCCUCCCUCCAUCGUGUCGUCGAGCAACAACGACUCGAACGCGCGGCCCGCAAAGCCCCCCGUGCCCCUUUUCCACCAGAGUGCCGGUCUCACCACAACCGCCGCAAAGAUGAUGAACGCGGCCGAUGUCGAUCUGGAUGAGUUCGCCGCCUUUGAGAAUGGAGGCUAUACAGCCUUUUCUUCUCCGGCGGUGGCCACCAACCUCGACUUCUCGGGCAGCGCCUCGAGCUCCAUGACCAACUUUGUUACCGUCUCACCACACGAUCUGCUCGUCGCCGACAGCUUCAUAUCUGCCCCCAACUCGUCAGCCCUCACAGCCCUGACGUCGCCCUCCAUCAACGAGUCUCCAGACUUUGACUCGUACGAUGUGUCGCCCAACUUUGGCAGCGCCGAUUUCGAGUACCCUCCCACUGACAACUGGUACCCACUCUUCCCUCCUACCGACGCUGGCAUCCCCGAGCAGCCCAAGAAGGUGGAGACGUCCCCUACGGAGCGGUCCGACGACCUCGACGCUGCCGAGCUUCGCUCAAUCAGCAGUGCCCGACGCAAGUCGGGUACAUCGCCCACCACCACGACUGGCGCUCCCCGUCACUCUUCUGUCUCUGGUGUCAACGCGCGUAAGCGUGAUAAGCCCCUGCCACCCAUCAUCAUCGAUGAUCCCUCGGACACCACGGCCAUGAAGCGGGCCCGCAACACCCUUGCUGCCCGUAAGUCUCGCGAGCGCAAGGCUCAGCGACUGGACGAGCUUGAGGACAAGAUUGCCAAGCUCGAGGCGGAGCGUGACCACUGGAAGAGCAUUGCUCUUGGCCAGUCAGGCACUGAAAACUGA